AACUUCCUGACUUUCUCUCAUCAUCCAGACCUUCACACUUACACAGUAUUUGAAAAGUGAAAAAAAUGUUGAAUAAACGAUCCGUCUUACUUCUACUCUUGGCCGUUCAGUCGGUUUUUGCCGAAGUCCCCAUCAAGCCUGUGCCUAGCGAACGUUUAUCCAGUCAUAACUUCAUUGAAAAUCAAUUGCCUAUUGCCGAACAGACACACGAGGUCAUCAAUGUUCCUGACACCUCUUUUGUGCUUAUCUCGCAAAUGAGCAACAGCGUGCUGUUGAAAGCUCAAGUCGAUACUCACGGUGCUAUCCAGCAACUAGGCGCAUUCGAAAUGGAAAACAGCACUGCUGCCCUCCAUGGACUGGCUCAUUCCCAACGGUAUCCUGGUAAAAUCUGGCUUACACUCCAAAAAGCCAACAAGCUGGUGCUGAUCGAUCCCAAGACCGAUUCAGCCCAAACGACACCCGAAGUUGUACAGGAGAUUAUGGUGCCUACCCCUGGCAAUGGUCCCCAUUACGUUGGUGAAUAUGGUGACGAGCUCUGGGUCACUCUCCAGGAUAGCUCCGAGGUGCUCCGUAUCAGCCAUGUCAACACAUCUGAUUAUACAAUCUAUACGGCCCAACCUCGUCCUAUCUUUAUCGCUCAACAUCCUCUCAACAACAUGUUCUAUACUGGACAAGACAACUCUGCCUCCAUUAUGAAGAUCGACCCUACAACUGGAGUUACAACCCAAAUCGCAAUCCCUGCAGACGCUGGUAAGACUCCCGUUGGAAUGAUCACUGGGCCCAAUGGCAUUUGGUUUACACUCCUUGGCGACGAGACUAGUGGCACCGGCACUAUUGGUCACAUUCAUGCUGAUGAUACUGUCACCUAUCACAAAUUGACAUCUCCUUUGGGAAUCAACGCGGCCUUGUUGCAUCUCGCCUUUGACCUUGAUCAUGCAAACACCCAUGCCCUCUGGCUCCUGUCGUCCUCGAUCAUCAACACUAACGCUUUGGAUACGAUCAUCAGGGUCUCUUUCGACGAACAAUGGCAGACCAUCAAAAAUGAAGAUGUCAUGGCCAUGCCAACUCAACAGUGCAAGGCUCAUCGAGUCUUGAUCACGCCCUCCAACGUGUUCGCCACUGAACUUACCUCAUCUAAGCUUUUGUCCUUUUAUACCACUAAUUUGUAAUAUGAUAUAAAAUAAAAUAAAGAUAAUAAAAAUAA